AUGUCUGCUUAUACACCUCGAAACGUGCUAAUCACUGGAGGUUGCGGUUUUAUUGGUUCCAAUUUUGUGAAUUAUAUCUUUCGAAUCUGGCCGCAAAUUAAUAUUGUUAACAUUGAUAAGUUGAUGCUGAAUUCGGAUGCUUUCUAUGUGAAUGAGGAAGUAAUCGAAUCAUCGCGAUACAAACUUAUCACAACCGAUAUACGUAAUUCCGCACUAAUUGAGCGAAUCUUAAACGAUAACAAGAUUGAUACGGUGGUACACUUUGCUGCGGAUUGCACUUCAACACGAUGUUACAACGAUCCGGUGGAGUCAAUUGAAAAUAAUGUGAUUGCAUUUAUUCGAUUUAUGGAGAGUAUUCGAUCCUAUAAGAAAGUCGAAAGAUUCGUACACAUUAGUACUGACGAAGUAUACGGUGAUUCUAAUCUGGUAGCAGAUGAAAAAGGCAAAAAAGAGGAUGCACUUCUUUUACCUGGAAAUCCUUAUGCAGCUACAAAGGCAGCCUGUGAAUCAUACGUUCAUCUUUGCUGCGAAUCGUUUGGAAUGCCAAUUAUUAUGUUACGCAUCAACAAUAUCUAUGGACCCAAUCAGUGGGAUGUCAAGUUAGUUCCUCGCUUCAUUAAAUUAGCCAAAAAUAUGGAAAAAUUCACUGUGCAAGGUAGUGGCAGGCAGUUACGUUCAUGGUUAUAUGUUGACGAUGCCGCUGAAGGCAUUCGACAAGUUAUUGAAAAUGGGACAAUUCAUGAAAUUUACAACAUUGGAACUUAUUUUGAAAUGAGCGUAAUCGAUCUUGCACAUGUUAUACAAGCAGAAGUGGACCGACAACUUGGACGAAAUCCAACUCCAGUGGAAUUUAUUGAAAUACAAGAUCGGCCAUAUAACGAUUUACGCUAUUUACUUGAUUACAGUAAAAUUAAUCUCGACACUGGUUGGUCACCAAAAGUAACAUUUAAAGAAGGUAUUAGUCGAGUUGUCGCAUCGGCAUUAAGUCCAUUAAAAAAAAGUCAGAAGAUGAUCGUUGUCGUUUACGGUGGUAAAGGUUGGAUUGGACAACAAUGUUGUAAGAAGUUGAUUGAGCGGAAGAUUCAUUUUACGUUGGCCAAUUGUCGAAUUGGGAAGAAUACCGAUGAGGAGUUACGUAAUGCUUACGAUUGUGGACUGUGUCAGACUUUUGAGAAUAUACGGGAUAAUUUAUACUCAGUGAUAGCUUUAGCAAAAAUAUGUCAAACAUUGGGUCUACAUUUCACUUACGUCGGAACUGGAUAUUUAUUUGCAUAUGAUCAGGAGCAUCCGAUAGGCGGCAAAGGUUUCGCUGAUGAUGAUUUGCCAACGUUUUUCGGGAAUUCAUACUCAAUUGUGAAAGGUGUCACUGAUCGUAUGAUACAACAGUAUCAAGGUGGAAUCAAAGAAUGCUUAAAUGCUCGAAUAACGUUACCACUGAAUUUUUGCUUAGACGAAGAAAGAAAUCUGCUGACCAAAAUUUUGGGAUAUAAACGAAUCUUCGACAUUCCGGUAUCGAUAACAAUAUUGGAUGACUGCAUACCAGCACUUAUUGAUCUCAUGGAAAGACGUGUUGGUGGCAAUUUGAAUUUAGUCAAUCCUCAACCGAUCAGUUUUUCUCAAAUAUUGGAACUUUAUAAAGAGAUUGUUUGUCCGGAUUUGCAUCAUUACGAGAUAUUAGAUGCGAAAGAUGACAAAUAUCGUGAACUAUGUGCCACAAAAGGGAACUGCGCCUUAGAUACUUCCAAAUUGGAGCGGCUUUGUCCGGAAAUUCCGAAUACUUUCGAAAGUCUACGAAAGGGUUUCACAAAGAUGAAAGAUAAUUUUAAGUGA